AUGGCAGCCGCCGCGCCGAAUGCUGACCCACCUGUUCCCGAAAGUGAAGAUGGAGAUCUCAGCGAAGGAGACGAAGAAGAGGAGCCCCAAGACCCAUGGGCUCGGUAUGAACGACCUCCAGGCUUCUCGCCAGCUGCUUCUGGAGCCAGACCGGGGAACACCCCACAAGGCUCCACGGGCCGAGGCGGCCAUGUGGAUAGCGAGUUCGCCAUGUUCGAGGAGUUCGUCCGGCGCCGAGAAGCAGCCCGACCUCGAGGACGACGGCAAGCUCCAGGCGAUGAGGACGAGGACGACCAUGGCGGCCGCGGAUCAGCAGGACCUCCUCCGGCGUGGGAUGGUGAGACAUCCUUCAAGGACUACCUUGUCCGGGCCAAGCUUUGGAUUGCCACCACCAAGACCAAGCCGAAGGCCAGAGGACCGAUGCUGCUGAAGAACCUCACCGGCACGCCUUUCGACGACCUGAAGCACCUGGCUAAGGACUCGACCUGGAUGUCUUCAGAGGACAACGCUGAGCAACUCUUGAAGAUCAUGGACACCAAGGAGCUCUAUGGCGACGACGCUCGAGAAGACAUGUUGAAUACGCUGUACAAAGUGACCUAUGCCCUCAGGAGAGAAAAGAACGAAACGCACAAAGCGUUCUUUAGCCGCUGGGAGAACUGCGUACGCCGGCUGUCGGAGCAUGAGGUUACCUUGCCACCUGAAUAUUUAGGAUUCCUCUUGACGAUGGCGCUGCAACUUUCCUCUGAAGAAGUCAAGCUUCUGAUGAACUUCACGCAAGGAAGGCUGAGCCAGAAGGACGUCAAGGAAUGGGUCCGUGUUCACGAGACCAACCUCAAGCUGGGCAGUUCCGGCAACGCCAAGCGCAGCACCCAGGUCAUGCAUGUCGAGGAGCACUCCGACAUCGAGGACGGGGAGGACGGCGACAACAUCGAGAUCUUGAUGGGGGCGCUGGACUCCUUGGAGGAACCGAUUCCGGAGAAUGACAUGCACGAGGGCGACGUCUUCGACGAGUCGGACGCCAAGGACAUCCUGUCCACGAUGAUCAAGGAGUACGCCAAGGGGACGACCAAGCGGACGUUCAAGGCGGUCAACGAUGCCAAGCGAGCGAAAGGAUUGGCCAGAGGCUAUGGCUCCACUCGAGACAUCGGCAACAAGUUCCAGAACGGCAAGGGCGGGGAUUAUGUGAAGACCGGAGAGUCGCACAAAGUCUCGAUAGAAGCCCUCAAGCGGAGGACACGUUGCUCUCAUUGUCGACGGGUAGGGCAUUGGCAUAAAGAAUGCCCGGACAAGAACAAGCCGAAGGUGAAGGAGGCCAACUACCUGACCUACGACAAUGAAGAGGCCUACUUCCUCCACUUCCUGGACUUUCGCCGGGCGAGCCGACGGAAUUCUGGAUCUGGAGCUGGCGACGAGUUCUUCGAGGGAGCGGUCGACUUGACGACGAGAACCUCUGAGCCAUCCCGCGGCAACUCGAGCAAGGAUCGUGAGGACCGGUACAAGCCGCAGGCGGUCAGGAUGUGCACGUGCCAGAAGUUCAUGUCCAUGAAAUUCAGAGCUCGAAUCUUGACAACAGCCCGUGUCCUCCCGAUCCACCUGAUCCACUCAACCAUGGAGGGUCAGAACAAGCAGGCCCGUCGACCAGAGUGGAGCCAUGCCGAGACUUCGUGGCGACGCCUGACCUUGCACCUCCUAGCUCCUGGUGGUCAUCGCCAACGCCGUGCAAAAGACCAUGCUGCGGUUCCUGGGGACGAAGGGCCCCAAGAACAUCCUCCGGCAGCAGAUGAUGGAGCUGGUGGAGGUUCUGAGCAUGAGGACCUCACCGACGAGGAGCAUUGGGAAGUGCUGUCGGAGAUGGCUCCGGAGCAGAUGGCGCACCAGGACAACCGGAAGCGGACCUCAACGGCCACGGGAAGCAACGAGGCGGUGACGGACAGCCCGAUGCCCAUGCACCCGAACCCGGAGGAGAUCGAGACCCACACCGAGCCCGGAGAGGAAGUCAGUCAAUCGGAAGAGCCGAAGCUCGGGGAGCACGCAGCGGACGACUACAACAAGGAGCCCGACGCCAUCCUAGAACGGACCGGCCGAAUGCCAACAUCGGAAUGUCACCAAUGCGGGGCCCGCUGCGUCGACUGCGGCCAUGUUCUUCGGAGGGAGUCGACGACUUUCCAGAAGGAGUACUACCGGCAGCGAGGAGUCGAACUACGUCCACCACGGGACCUUCCCGACAAGCAGGCGGAGGCGAAGCCCAAGCCACGAUCUACCGCGAGAUCGAGCGGGAGAGAACCCCCCCAGGAGGACUACGAGGAGUACCAGGAGUUCCUUCGCUUCCGGGCCAUGAGAGAUCAGAGCUCCUCGUCCAACCUCCCGAACAAGGGAUGA